AAAAGCCCAUCAUUUUGCUUGCACCUCGUUUUUCUGUUAGCACAAGUUCAGGGAGGAGAGUGAAGUAAAACAAGUGAAAGGAAAAGAGAUGGCGGCGGCAAUGGCUUCCCUGAAGAGCAGCCUCCUCCUGCCUUCUCCUCUCUCCGACUUUAGCGGUGCAGCCGUCUCCAUCUCAACUCAGCAUAGGAGAAAGUCAUGGCAGCCAAGAGGGGCAAGAAUGCAGGUAUCAGCAGCUGCAGACGCCAAGAACAUUCUUGUCAUGGGAGGCACCAGGUUCAUUGGUCUCUUUCUUUCCAGGCAACUCAUCAAGGAAGGACACCAGGUCACUUUGUUCACCAGAGGAAAGGCACCCAUAACCCAGCAGCUGCCGGGUGAAUCAGAUGCAGAGUAUGCAGAGUUCUCUUCCAAGGUGCUACAUUUGAAAGGUGACAGGCAAGACUUCGACUUCGUCAAGACCAGCCUCUCUGCUAAGGGCUUCGAUGUUGUUUACGAUAUUAAUGGGCGCGAGGCUACACAGGUAUCCCCCAUACUAGAUGCGUUGCCGAACCUGGAACAGUUCAUCUAUUGCUCAUCAGCGGGAGUGUAUCUGAAAUCAGACCUGCUGCCACACUUUGAGACCGACGCGGUGGACCCGAAAAGCCGGCACAAGGGAAAGCUGGAGACUGAGAGCCUGUUGGAGACCAGCGGCGUGAACUGGACGUCUAUCAGGCCGGUGUACAUCUACGGCCCUCUCAACUACAACCCCGUGGAGGAAUGGUUCUUCCACCGGCUCAAGGCCGGCCGCCCUAUCCCCAUCCCCGGCGCCGGGAACCAGAUCACCCAGCUCGGUCACGUCAAGGAUUUGGCGGAGGCCUUCACCAGGGUCCUCGGCAACCCCAAGGCGAGCAAGCAGGUGUACAACAUCUCCGGCGCCAAGUAUGUCACCUUCGAUGGCCUAGCAAAGGCAUGCGCAAAGGCUGGAGGGUUUCCUGAACCGGAGAUAGUCCACUAUAACCCCAAGGACUUCGACUUCGGCAAGAAGAAGGCAUUCCCGUUCAGAGACCAGCACUUCUUCGCUUCGGUAGAGAAGGCCAGCAAGGACCUCGGAAUCACGCCGGAGUUCGACCUCGUCGAUGGCCUCACCGACUCUUACAACCUCGACUUCGGCCGUGGCACGUUCAGGAAGGAGGCCGACUUCACCACGGACGACAUGAUCCUCGGCAAGAAGCUCGUGACCGUGUGAGUCCAUCUGAAGCGUGUACGCACCAUGCCUGACUCAUGACAGUGCAGGCGUGUACAGUCAGGCCCCAAACACCCAGGAGAUGGGAGCCCGUUUUAGCAAACUAGUUAUAGUUCACUAAAACGGCUUAUAUACUGAAACAGAGUGAUAGAAGGGAACAGAAAGCGCGUCUUGUCGCGCUGUCUUUGAACUUUUUUCUUCUUUUUUUUGCUUGGUCGGCGAUGAAAUUGCCUGGUUUGUUGAACCGAUCAAGAAAAUUGCUGCGGUUUCCUACAUCAGAAAUAUAGUUAAGAGGGCACUCUCAUACA